UUUAUUAAGAGGAAGAAAACUCUUCUCUCUCUGUCCUAAAAGCCUGAAUCCGCCUAAAAAUGAGAAUUUCUAUGCAAGAUAUACUAUAUUAUAUAUAUAAUACAUGUUAAUAUUAUGCUCUUUCACAGAGUGCAAAAACAUAGGUACUGUUUCUAAUGAUAUAGAUAUUUUGUGUCGGUUGAAAUCUGUUUUGACGGAUCUAAAAAAUACCAAAACAGUACUCGGUAUUUCCAAGCGGUCAAAUAUCUUACCUUGGGUACUUUGAUCGUGCACAAUCUAGCUUGAUCUGUUAAGAUCACGUUUUCAAUUAAUCGCAAAUAUGGAAUCAAUGCGUAUAUGCCCACUGAUGUGACUCUGAUUGUAGACGUAGAUUGUGUACGAUGUAGCAGACGUCCAAUGUGAACCCCUGUCUACAAUAUCGCAUCAGUGGUCUCAUAUUUGGCGUCAUUGGUCUUUAGGUUAUCCUGUCAAAAGCGUUAGUUAAAAAUGUAUACUUACGCUUGAGUAUUUUUAUAUUAUAUUACAUUAUAUUAUUCACAAAUAAAACAGAGACGAUGGCAGAAGUAAUCGAGUUACGUCCUAACAAAGAUUUAAUAAAUUCGUCUUUUGAAAAGUAUCAGUUUUCCACUGAUGUUAUUCCUAUAACUUCAGAAGUUAUAUUAAAAAAUCAUGUAUAUAGAUUAGAGCCAAAUCAUGAUCAAGAAUCCUGGUUGGAAGCAAGAUUAUUUGCAUUUCAUAAUCAUUUAUUUAAGAAUGCUUAUGAUUUAUCAUGUUGGUUUAUUGAUGAAGAUUGGGUUGUCUGGUGUUUGGAUAAAGAUGGUUCUUUAGAUCAAAUAUAUGAACUACAUACUACAAAGACAAAUUUAUCAAAAGUAAAAUAUAACCCAUCCAUUGGAUUUACUUCUAAUCAAAUUAUAGCAGUUUCGGAUGGUGGCGAAAGACUGGAUAUAUUGAUAGGAGAUACAAAACAGGUUAUAAGAGUUCUUCUGUUAAAUACUGUAGAACCUGGAGUUAUCAUGAAUGUGCAACAUGUAGAAAAAAGCUCAAAAAUUAUUAUAACCAUGUGUACCAUUGCUGCAGAUAAUGAUCAAAAGAAAUAUACACAGCUCAUAUUAUUAUCAUAUGCCUUAGAAUAUGCAGAAAAUGAAAUAAAAAGUAUUACUUAUAUAGAUAAACAAAUAUUGAAAGUACAGGGUACUGUAGACUAUGUGUAUGUAGAAGAAAAUGGUAAUUAUUUGCAUUCUAUUUGUCAAGACACUAUUAAUUUUGAAAACAAAAAUGUGCAAGAAUCUGAAAGUAAAAUAGAGCAAUCAAGUACUGAUUCGCAAAUUAAGAUUCCAAAAUAUUACUGGUCACAGAAUGAAGAUUCAAUUACUGUUUGGGUAAAGAUACCAAAACAACACAACACUAAAGAACCUAAAAUAAACAUCAAACCAUUAGAAUUAUCUGUUGUAAUAGACAAUGAAAUAUUAAUACAAGGAGAAUGUCAACAUAGAUUAGAGGAGAAUACAGCAACUUGGAGACACAAACAAGAUACGUUGCAAAUUGAUCUAAGUAAGUAUGAAAAUGGAUUAAUGUGGAGUGAAUUAAUCAAAGGUGACACAGGAGGUGAAUGCUUACCCAAUGAAGAUUUAGCUGCAGAAAUUCAUGCAAGGCUGGCACACUUGUGUACAGAUCAGCAAAAUAAUAGUACUGGAGAAGGACAACCUUGCGUGGGAUUUAAUGCUGAACAAUUAGAAGAGUGUGAUAUGGAGGGAAAGGAUAAUUUUCUACAAAGAAUUAAUCUUUUUACGCAAACAACCACACAUGUAGCUAGACUAGGAAGCAACAAUCAUAUGUUGUUCACAUACAAAAGAAAGCAUGGACAAACAGUAUGCCUAAGGCAUGAUCACGAUGCUUGUGUUUGGAUAAUAGAUGAUGCACAAGAUGAUAUUCAGUGGAGUAUAAAACAUAUGUACAGUUUUCCUGGAUUUGGCUAUGUUGAAGCCAGUAAAACCAAUAAAAAGUAUUGUGUUUCUCCGACUGAUGGUUCAUAUGUAGCUGUAGUAGAACACACUAGGCAUGUAUUUUUAUAUGACAGAGCUGAUGUUGGAGUAAGAACUGCCAAACAGAGGAUCGUGGAUUUAAAUUGUGAAAACUCUCCCAUUAUGGGUGUCGUGGCGACAAAUAAAUAUUUAAUUGUACUUUCAAAAGACAAAUUAUAUCGUUUACAAAUCUACACGUGAUAUAAUUGUACAAUGAUCUACUUACAAUGAUUAAGAUAUAUAAAUUAUUAUAAAUACUUUUUUUGCAUA